CACAACAAUGUUUUCACUCUUAUCACCGUCGCCAAGAUCCGUGAUGUCCCAACAAUGUUUGAAAUUCAUGCCGUUCCAGAGGUCCAUUCGUACCGACACCAAAAACCCGAGACCAAAGAUAGCUUUUGAUGUCUACAAGGGACAUCCCGAUAAGCUUGGUGACUCACCGAACCCCAUUAUAGUUCUUCAUGGAUUCCUCGGCUGUAGAGAAGAACUCCGUCCGAUUAGCAAAAUCCUAGCCACCGAACUCAAGCGAGAUGUGUAUAACCUGGACCUUCGCAACCAUGGCGAUUCUGGCACCAAAUGGAGGCAUGACUACCUCAGACUGGCGCUGGAUGUCCGAGAACUCAUGAAAGAGAACGGCCUUGGAAAUGUAUCACUUGUCGGCAAUCAGAUGGGAGCCAAGACAGCCAUGACUUUAGCCCUCUACGAUUCAAACCUCGUAGCCAAUAUUGUUUCCAUUGACAAUUCGCCUGUUUGGAAACCCCUUCCGCCGGUUUACUUACAAUGGCUCCACGCCUAUCGGCAAAUCCUCAAAAUGCGCAUUACCGAGCUCCGGGAAGCGCGCAGAGUUAUGUACUAUUGGAACCGGAAUGCAGGAAUGAGACCUUGGCUCAUGCGGAACCUGGAGAAGCACGACGAUCACCCAUAUGUAAGGCCGCGGAUUCCGCAGAAUAUUCUGUGGGAGGCCCGCGACGCCAUGGGGGAAUUUCCUUUCCGAGAGGACGAUGCGAAUAGGUUUAACGGGCCGGCGUUGUUCCUGCGCUCGGGUGAUAGCUACUACAUCCCCGAGGGCAAGGGGGCCGAAGCCAUCCGCUCUUUCUUCCCUACCUCCUGUAUUGAGGAAGUGGGCUAUGAGGGGCUGCACAUGGCUCUGGAAAAGCCUGAGCUGGUUGCAAAUGCGGCCGUUGACUUUCUGCGGAACCCAAUGGUGUAUCUAGCCGACAGGAAACUCAAGAAACACGGAGGGCCAAAAAUGGCCUGGGAACUGUGAAAGCAGGCAUAAAUGCAAAACCACCAGAGCUAAUGACAUAUUCCCUGGUUUUUGGCAGAUUGUUGCCUGGUUCAUCAACUCUGCCCCGUAAGGAUUGUGAGUUCCGCUGUAGGAACGUGGAGCGAGGGAUAUGAAUAUCUCGAAGUCACAUGCUAUCAAAUGGAUGCAUACAAAGGAAAGGAACGACAGUGCUGGAUAACUGUCAACGUUGUUUCAUGGUGUAUUGGUAGAAAGAAAACCUGGAAAGGCGGGCAUGGCAG